CCCACGAGUCAAACUGUAUUAAAUUUUCACUAUGGAUUAAACCCUCACAAAACAAGAGAUCGAUUCGAAUAUGUCAAUAUUUUACAAAUUUACAAAUCUGAUCGCUUUUGCCACACUGGUGUCAAACUCCACGUGUCAAGAAGAUACAUUUCUGUAUGACACGUUCCCACCAGGUUUUCAGUGGGGAUUUUCCUCCUCAAGUUAUCAGAUCGAAGGAGCAUGGAAGGAAGACGGGAAAGGUGUAAACAUCUGGGACACAUUUGUCCACCGAAUUCCAUCCCCGAUUCCGGACAAGAGCAAUGCAGAUAUUGGAUGCGACUCGUACCACAAAUAUGACCAUGACGUUUCUCUUCUCAAGUAUAUCGGGGCGGGCGUCUAUCGGUUUAGUUUAUCUUGGACCAGGAUUCUUCCCACGGGUCGAAUUGAUCAAAUAAAUCCAGCCGGGAUUCGAUACUACAACAAUUUGAUUAACCUCCUCCUUGCCAAUGGGAUCGAACCCAUGAUUACCCUACAUCAUUGGGACUUGCCUCAACCCCUGCAGGAUCUUGGUGGCUGGCCAAAUGAGAAUGUAAUCCAACACUACAGUAAUUUUGCAAACCUCGCAUUUCACACGUUUGGAGAUCGUGUCAAGAAAUGGAUUACAUUUAGCGAGCCGAAUGUCAUGUGCCUAAACGGAUACAUAACUCGGACUUACGCCCCUGGACACAAAAAUGUCAAUGAAGCAAUAAAUUGUGCCCGCAACGUGAUAAUAUCGCACGCUAGGGUGUAUCGUAUAUACGACCGGGUUUUUCGUCCCCUUCAAGGCGGUAAAGUGGGCAUGUCCUUGUCCUCGUAUUGGUUACAACCAAAAGAUCCACAGAACCCGGAGCAUCGAAAGUCUGCUGAAUUUUGGAUGCAUAUUGAGUGGGGACUUUUCGCGUUUCCAAUCGUGUUUGGGAGUUAUAACGAUGAAACGAAGCAGCUUCUGGGAAAACUAAGGAAAUUCAAGUUAACAUCGGCCCCGGUAGAAUUCACUGCGGAAGAAUCGGUGGAAAUUAAAGUGCUAAAUAUUCCGAAUUAUACGAACUAUGAAUCCAAAGAUUUCCUGAAGUGCCCACACGUAUUACAAAUUCUAGGAAGCUACGAUUUUUGGGGGCUUAAUCACUACUCAACAUACCUAGUGGAGCCAACUAAAGUGACGACAUCCAUCCUUCAUGGAGACUUCAUCGGUUUAUUUCUCGGCGCAAAGAUAUCUUUUGAUCCAACUUGGCCAAAAAGUGCAAUACCCCACACCCCCUCGGUCCCCUGGGGUUUUAGAAAAAUGUUAAACUGGAUCAACCAGGGGUAUGGAUCUCCAGAAAUUUACAUAAUGGAAAACGGGUAUCCCGAUUCGCCCAACACCGGACUUGAAGACGUUGCCCGGGUGAAAUUUCAUCGCGAUUAUAUCAACGAAAUGUUAAAGGCUGUCAAAAUCGAUGGUGUUCAAGUAACCAUGUACACGGCGUGGGGUCUUCUCGACUGUUUUGAGUGGUCGUACGGAUACACCGUAAAUUUUGGAGUGGUCUACGUCAACCAUAGCCACCCGGAGAGACCUCGGACCCCUAAACUUUCUGCGACUUGUCUGCAACAAAUCUUUUCCGAUAACGGAUUCCCUCAUGAAAAUUUUUCACCUUUAAAAAUAAACUAAAUUAUGCUGUAUAGAAUUCGAGUGGACAAUUGUUAUAAAAUAAAACUCCAAUGCUUUUCCCCCUUA